AUGAACAUUCUUCAUCAUAAGAGUUGGCACGUGCGGACAAAGGAAAAUAUCCGGAGGGUACGCAAAGAUGAAGCAAAAGCGGCUGAAGAUGAACGACGAGAACUCGAGCGGCAACUUAAUGUUCAAAAUGAGCGACGACUAUCAGCAUUGAGAAAUCAGGCUCAAGAAAGGAUGGACAAUUUUUAUGGUUCUAAAAGUGGCACUACGGAUACACCGGAUGAACCCUCUUCAAGCACACACAUCAAUUUCUUCGAAGAUUUAGAACGAGAAGAAAGGAAAAAUCUUGGAUCUGGAAAUGACGAUUACAAGAAGGAUAAAGAAAAGGAAAAAGAAGAAUGGGAAACAAAAAUGGGAAUUCUCGUCAAACUUGCUCAGGACACAAAUGAACUAUCAAAAAAGAAGGAAUGGUACGAAACACUUCCACGUCGGAAAACGACUUUAUCAAAACCAGAGAGGCUUGUUUAUCCGACGUCAUCGGAGAAGUCAGCUUCGCAAUGUUUGCCGGAAGAAAAAGCUCCCAAGCGAAAAAGAGAGAAAAGCGAGAAGAAGGACAAGAAAAAAAAGAAAAAGAAAAAGCGCGCAAAACAUGCCGAUUCCGAUGAAUCCGAUCGCGAAGAGAAAAGAGACGAGAAGGACUCGAAAAGUUCAAAAUUAGCCGAAUUACGAGAAGAAAGAUUAAGGCGAGAACGUGAAGAAAAAGAGCGAAGCUGGAGAGUGAUGCAUCCGGAGCUAGCCAAACAGCAAGACAAGGAAAAGGAACGACAAAAGCCAAAAUAUAAUUCCGGUUUUAAUCCCCAUCUUUCUAGAAAA